AUGGACAAGUUAAAAAGUGCAUCUAACAGAAAAGAAAGAGCCUCUCCACAGGAUGAAAAAACUUUAAGAUUAAGCAUAGGAGGGAGUUUAAUAAAAGCUUAUGAGUUGUACAAGGAUGCACACCCAGGAAGCCAAAAGACUCCAGGGAAAGACAUUUAUCAAAAUGUUGCAGAACAGGUUUUUGCUAGAUUACCCGAUUGCUUUGUUGACAUUGUAGAUGGAAAAAAAGUUGGAGAUGGAAAAGCUAGUUUUACAAAAAGUUUUGGAAUAAGUGUUGAUAAUAGGAUGAGGGACAAAAAUAAAAGCAAACCCCAGCGAGCAGUGAGAGGAAAGGGGAUUGUUGGUGUAUUGCCCAAUCAAUACCAGCCUGAUGUUAGAAAUGCUAUAGAGCAGGCAGGAAUGCGAGAGCAUCUCCAAAACUUACAUGGACUGAAUCCCACCCAGUGGGAUUGGACUGAGAUCCAAAGUGACAUGAGGGCUACUUACGAACUUCAAAGAGAAGAUGUGGUCAAAGCAAGAGACUCAGUAGAGAUGAUGGCUGGAACUGGAACCGGAGCGACUGAAGCAGAAGAAACUGAAGAUGAUCCAACUCCAAAGGCCCUGGCUCAAGUGAAAAAGCUGUGGCCUUUCCUUUUUUCUCAGUGCUGUCUCCAAGACCACCAUCGGAGGUUGACAGGUAGAGACAUACGGAUUCAUCUAGAAUCAUACAAAGAAAGAAAGUUAAAAAGUGUCUUGCGUUACAUGACAUCACACUCCACAACUAAUACUGCUAACUUGGCACUAAGAUUGAGAUUGAAAAACUUCACAUUGUCUGACUCCAACAAACUUCUCUGCAUUUUCUUCAUGGUGGCAAACCACUUCAAGGAAAAGAGAGAAGUCCUUUUUAAAACAGUGGAGAAGACAACUCCUGUGGCAGAAGUAAAUCCACCCAAGGACAUAUGCAUUAUUGCCCUGAACAAAGAACCAUUUGAGGCUGAAAGCUAUCUAGUCUGUGCAGACCAGACUGUUUUAGUUGAGGCGGAUGACUUUUGUCAUGCUUUGACAUCGUUAUUUGAGCUUUCAUUCAUUUUUGAUUUAGAGUAUCCAUCUACAAUGCCUCAAACAUUUGAAUACUUUGAGAGGUCUGUAUUUCAAAUGGCCAUUGAAAGUACAAAAGUAAAAGACAAGAAAGGCCAAACAGUUUUAGUUCUGAGGUCCUCUGUCCGAGAUUUGGUGAAUGGAAUAGAAGCAUUUGAAACCGAGUUGGCCUCUUUGGACAUCGAGAACAACUCUGAGGACUAA